CCGCUAAAUACCCGGAUGCGCCGCCCGAGCGCCAGACGCGGAGCUGGGAAAAGGGAGGCAGAGGAGGCGGAGGCGGAGGCAGAGCCCGGCGCCGGGAGCCACCGACGGAGCGGCGGGGCUGGGCCACGCAGCGCCGGCCCGGCGAGUCCUCCCGCGACCCGAGCCGGGUCCCCGCGAGCCGCGCUGCGCGCUGGCCUGGGCGUCAGGGGCGCGAGAGCAGAUCCCGAGGCGGGCUUUCCUCGGCCUGCGACGAGGGCUGGCCCUUCGGAAGGCACCUUCCACAGCAGGAGUGGGCAGGCCACCAUGACCGAGAACUCCACGUCCACCCCCGCGGCCAAGCCCAAGCGGGCCAAGGCCUCCAAGAAGUCCACGGACCACCCCAAGUAUUCAGACAUGAUCGUGGCUGCCAUUCAGGCGGAGAAGAACCGCGCUGGCUCCUCGCGCCAGUCCAUCCAGAAGUACAUCAAGAGCCACUACAAGGUGGGUGAGAACGCCGACUCGCAGAUCAAGCUGUCCAUCAAGCGCCUGGUCACUACCGGAGUCCUCAAGCAGACCAAAGGGGUGGGCGCCUCGGGCUCCUUCCGGCUGGCCAAGAGCGACGAGCCCAAGAGGUCAGUGGCCUUCAAGAAGACAAAGAAGGAAGUCAAGAAGGUGGCUACGCCAAAGAAGGUAGCCAAGCCGAAGAAGGCUGCCUCUAAAGCCCCAAGCAAGAAGCCCAAAGCUGCCCCAGUCAAGAAGACCAAGAAGAAGCCGGCUGCCACGCCCAAGAAAACCAAAAAACCCAAGACUGUCAAAGCCAAGCCAGUCAAGGCCUCCAAACCCAAGAAGGCGAAACCAGUGAAGCCCAAAGCCAAGUCCAGUGCCAAGAGGGCCGGCAAGAAGAAGUGACAAUGAGGCUUUUCUUUGGACACUCCUGCCUGUCUCCUAUUUUCUGUAAAUACUGUUCUCCUUCUCUCUUGAUCCUCAUCUGCAACCCUUUGGCCCUUUCUGUUCUGACUUUUUAAGAGACAAUUUGGACUCUUCAGAAAUUAGGAAAUAAUUCAUUUUUCCUUAACCAGUCACGCAAGGACAGCAACAACCGAUCUCAUCUGUGUCAUGAUGAGAAUGUACUUAUGUUUUGUUUUGUUAAUUUGUUAUUAACCUACUUGUGGGGUUAGGGAUUUGGGGGCGUGUGUGUUUUGUUUAGUUGGAUGGUUUGGUCGCUAGGAAGGUAAAAGUGGGAGGAGAACGGGCAAAGCAACUUGUUCUGGCUAGAUGAGAGGGAGCCUGGGAAUCCUAAGGCUUGUAGGAGUAUCUUUAAGGCCAGCGAGCUUGCUUUGAGUUGAGCACCCCUUGUGAGUUUCAGGACCCUGAUGGGGAGGAGAGGAGAGGAGUGGCAGCCGCUGGGUGGCACAGGAGGGAGAUGGAAAAAUCUCUCUCUGGGCUGACUUCCACCUCCCAGUGGUGAGCAGUGGGGGGUCCAAAUCCAGUCUCCUCACUUCUGUUAGUCUGCCCCUGUGGCCUCCCUAUUGUCCUAAGGAAGGGGAGGGGGUAGAAGUGACAGCUGGCCCGAGAAGCGGUGGCUUUUCUCAGUCAGUUAGGAACCAGCUAUUGGGGGGUCUUUGUGAUUGGGGGAAGUCUCAUGGUGAACGGAGUGGAAACUUUGGGGAAGGGUGGGGAGUCAGUCAGCCAAGUGCCUCAGUGUGCCCUGUUGAAACUUGGGUUUUUCCACACAAUUGGAUUGUAUCUUAGGAGGAUUUUUUUUUCUUUUUCCCUGGCUUUUUGUUCCUUUUUCCUGUAUAGGAGGUGGCUUGGCAGACUGGUGGGGUCCGGCCCAGCCACCUGCCACUUACAAACCUUCCGACCUCUUUACUUCGGAGUCUUUUUUAAGUAGUUGUAGAUGGGGGAGGGGUAGUGGGCGGGGAGUGGACAGUAAGACAUACCGCAGUCGACUUUGAAUUGCUAAGUAGUUUUACAGAGCUAGGUCUGUGUACGUGUGUAUAUGUAUAUAUACAUAUCUAGGACUAGUACUUAGUUUCACACCCGGGAGCUGGGAGAAAAAACCUGUACAGUCGUCUUUCUCUUAUUUUUAAUAAAAUAGGAAAACGCGCAAUUGCGCGUCAUCCCCCCCCCCCUUUUUUUUUUAACAAGUGUUAUUUGUGCCGGGAAGAAUUUGCUGUCUUUGUAAUUUUAAAACUUUAAAAUAAAAUUGAAAAAGGAAAAAAA